AUGGCGCCCACGAACGAACAAGGGCCCGACGCCGCUCUCGAUCCUGCUAAUGGCCCUGCCAACGGCCCUGCCAACGACCCUGCCAAUGACCCUGCCAAUGACCGCGAGAAUCCCACGCUGCGGACAAGAUGGGCCACUCGCAAAAUGACGAUAAAGAGCAGCAAUAAGAAGAGGCUCUCCCUCAUGCAUCGCGCCACCCACAAGAAGAAUAACAGCGAAAAGAGCCGUAGCUCCGGCGGCUCUGAAUCCCUACAGACAGAAAACAACACCGCCCAACCCGAUCCCGAAGAAAGCAAUGGCGGCAGGAAAGUCUACUUCAACCUCCCUUUGCCCCCAGAACUUCUGGAUGAGGACGGCCACCCGAGCCAGCACUUUCCGAGGAACAAGAUCCGGACCGCCAAGUACACGCCCCUUAGUUUCGUACCAAAGAACCUGUGGUUUCAGUUCCAGAAUAUUGCCAACAUAUUCUUCCUUUUCCUCGUCAUCCUGGUGUUCUUUCCCAUCUUUGGUGGCACAAAUCCGGGCCUCAACUCUGUGCCCCUAAUUUUUAUCGUUGUCGUCACAGCAAUCAAAGACGCCGUCGAAGAUUAUCGCCGCACUAUUCUUGAUAUUGAGCUGAAUAAUGCUCCCGUUCAUCGCCUGCGGAGCUGGAACAACGUCAAUGUCGAGGAGGACAACGUCUCCCUCUGGAGACGUAUCAAGAAGGCCAACACUCGCUUCUUUGGCCUGAUUUGGCACGCAAUCGAGAGUGUCUGGUCGAAGAAGGCGAGGCGAGAGUUUGCAAUGCGCAAGAACCCCCAAUCCGCAGACGCGCCACGGCCUUCGAUAGAAACCCACGUCGGACCGCGUGAUUCCUUCGCUUCGCCGCGUUCCGGUCGCGACUCGUUCGUAUCCGCGCGCGAGGAUAUCCAAAUGACGCCAGUCCCGUCUCCGUUGCCCCGCCAAACCCUCGAAGUGCCUCAGACAGACGACCACAAACGAGCGAGAGAGUUGAUGCAGCGCAAGGGAGAUGUGCUGAACCGCAACCUGCCGAGCAAGGGUGAAGCCCGGUUCCACAAGGAUCACUGGAAAGACCUUCGGGUCGGCGACUUUGUUCGUAUUUACAACGACGAUGAGCUUCCCGCCGAUAUCAUUAUUUUGUCCACAUCCGACCCCGACGGAGCAUGCUAUGUAGAGACGAAGAAUUUGGAUGGUGAGACGAAUUUGAAAGUGCGACAGGCCCUCAGGUGCGGCAGGUCGUUGAAGCACGCAAGGGACUGCGAGAGAGCGCAGUUCUGGAUCGAAAGCGAACCCCCGCAGCCCAACCUUUACAAGUAUAACGGUGCUAUCAGAUGGUAUCAGUCCUUCGACGACGAGGCGGAACCCGAAUUGAUGACCGAGCCUAUCACCAUUGACAACAUGCUUCUCCGUGGAUGCAACCUUAGGAACACGGAUUGGGCCCUAGGUGUGGUUGCCUUUACCGGGCACGACACGAAGAUCAUGAUCAACUCUGGCAUCACACCCAGCAAGCGUGCUCGAAUUGCUCGGGAGAUGAACUUUAACGUCAUCUACAACUUCGGUAUUCUAUUCAUCCUGUGUGUUUUAUCGGCCAUCAUCAACGGUGUUGCGUGGGCGAAGACAGAUGCUUCAUUGCACUUCUUCGACUUCGGGUCUAUAGGAGGUACGGCACCCAUAUCCGGCUUUAUCACCUUCUGGGCGGCCAUCAUCGUCUUCCAGAACUUGAUUCCCAUUGCGCUUUACAUCAGCCUCGAAAUCGUCAGACUACUUCAGGCAAUUUUCAUCUACAGCGAUGUUGAGAUGUACUACGAGCCGCUCGAUCAGCCUUGCAUCCCCAAGUCUUGGAAUAUUUCCGAUGACCUAGGCCAGAUCGAAUAUAUUUUCUCCGACAAGACAGGCACAUUGACUCAAAAUGUGAUGGAGUUCAAGAAAGCGACCAUUAACGGGCAGCCGUACGGCGAAGCUUAUACGGAGGCACAGGCUGGCAUGCAGAAGCGACUGGGUGUUGACGUCGAGAAGGAGGCUGCCGAGGCUAGGGCCGAAAUUGCAGACGCCAAACUGCGCGCGCUUGAUAGUCUUCGAAAUCUUCACGAUAACCCCUACCUCCACGACGAUGAUCUAACGUUCAUCGCUCCCGACUAUGUUUCCGACCUGGCGGGCGACUCUGGCAAAGAGCAACAAAUAGCAAACGAGCAUUUCAUGCUUUGUCUUGCUCUUUGCCAUACAGUCAUCCCGGAGAAGGUGCCUGGCUCACCGCCGAAGAUGAUCUUCAAGGCGCAGUCACCCGACGAGGCGGCGCUCGUUGCAACGGCCCGCGAUAUGGGCUUCACAGUACUCGGCAGCUCCCAGGAGGGUAUCAACCUGAACGUUAUGGGCGAGGAUCGCUUUUAUCCUAUUCUGAACACCAUCGAGUUCAACUCAAGCAGAAAACGAAUGAGCGCGAUUGUACGGAUGCCCGACGACCGUAUCCUCCUUAUCUGCAAGGGAGCAGACAGCAUCAUCUACUCGCGUCUCAAGCGCGGUGAGCAGCAAGAACUCCGCAAGGUCACCGCCGAGCACCUUGAGAUGUUUGCUCGUGAAGGCUUGAGAACGCUUUGCAUUGCUCAGCGCGAACUCACCGAGCAGCAAUACCAGGCUUGGCGCAAAGAGUAUGACGCCGCUGCCUCGGCUGAACUGGACAGAUACCUUCAGGACUUUGGCAUGAAGGGUGACGACGCCGAUUUGGCAAAGGCUAAGAAGAACCACGAACCACCUGGCCCGACACAUGGUCUUGUUAUCGACGGCUUCUCUCUCAAGUGGGUUCUUCAUGACGCCCUGAAGCAAAAGUUUCUCCUUCUUUGCAAGCAGUGCAAGUCAGUCCUCUGCUGUCGUGUCAGCCCUGCUCAAAAAGCUGCCGUGGUGUCCAUGGUGAAGAACGGCCUCGAUGUCAUGACCCUCUCCAUUGGAGACGGUGCUAACGACGUCGCCAUGAUCCAAGAGGCGGACGUCGGUGUCGGUAUUGCCGGUGAGGAAGGUCGCCAAGCCGUCAUGUCGUCAGACUAUGCAAUCGCUCAGUUCCGGUUCCUCUCGCGGCUGGUCCUUGUUCAUGGUCGGUGGUCAUACCGCCGUCUCGGAGAGACCGUUGCCAACUUCUUCUACAAGAACGUGGUCUGGGUGUUUGGUAUCUUCUGGUACCAAAUCUACUGCGACUUCGAUGUUACAUACAUCUACGAGUACACCUACAUUCUUCUGUUCAACGUUCUCUUUACUUCGGUCCCGGUCGUUGUUAUGGGUGUUUUGGACCAGGACGUUUCGGACAAGGUCUCACUCGCAGUGCCUCAGCUGUACCGCCGGGGUAUUGAGCGAGCGGAGUGGACGCAGACCAAGUUCUGGCUUUAUAUGCUUGACGGCGUCUACCAAUCCGUAAUGGUUUUCUACAUUCCGUACUUAACUGUGGUUAGCACGAGCUUCGUGACCAAGAACGGCUUGAACAUCGAAGAUAGAACACGACUCGGCGCCUACAUUGCGCACCCUGCCGUUUUCGUCAUUAACGCCUACAUUCUCAUCAACACGUACCGGUGGGACUGGAUCAUGAUCUUGAUCGUCGUCCUGAGCGACCUCAUGAUCUUUAUCGUGACCGGAAUCUACACGAGUAUGGAAGGAUCCAUGUUCUUCUACCAAGCCGCGCCGCAAGUAUACGCCCAGGCGUCAUUUUGGGCCGUCUUCUUUAUUGUACCCGUUAUCAGCCUUUUCCCCCGGUUCGCGAUUAAGGCGAUUCAAAAGGUGUACUUCCCUUACGAUAUCGACAUCAUCCGCGAACAAGAGCGGCAAGGCAAAUUCUCUCGCCUCACCCAGGGCGACGAGGGGACGGUCAUUGGGGAGCAGGAGGCGAGCAAGACACCGUCAAACUCGUCGGACAGCUCGCGCAAGGGUAAGCAUAUGCACUAUGCCAGUGUGGAUGAGGACAGAAGGCCAAUCUAUCCACCUUCAGUUGCAACACACACGACGCACAACCCGCGCAGCCAAAACGGCAGCGAUGGCACCAAUUACACGGGCCAUCGCCAAUCGAUGGACAUGGCGCACACACAGUCCCUCGACAUGACCCCUCCGAUGCGAUCCUCCUUCGACCGACCCCGUCCCUCCUACGAUCGAGCCAGACCUUCCUACGACCGAAUACGAGCAUCGAUGGACCGCACCAGAGCAAGUUUUGAGGCCAGCAACGACUUUACAUCUGCUGCUCGUCUCUCUCGAAUAGAGUCUAGCCAGUCCUACAGCGACCGAUUCCAUCCUCGAAGACUACGAGGUCUAUCAUUGACGAAGAGCGCCAACAUUUAG